AUGGAACCUAUCGACAUGGAUGGCGAUAUCCUAAUGCAAGACCAGAAUGACCAACGUUUGGACCCAACUCUAGAUGAAGACGAUCCUCAAGACGUAUCCUCAAACAACGAGUACUCCUUCAACCAAACUUUCCAUCAUCCCUCCGGCUCCAGACCUGAACUAUCCUUCUCCAACAUCAACCAACUCGACCAAUGGAUCUCCCAACUAUCAAACUGCCAACCUCUCUCCCAAGACAACGUCGCUAAAUUAUGCAAAAUGGCUGCUGAUGUCCUUCAAUUCGAGGAUAACGUUCAACCAGUCCACGUCCCCGUAACCAUCUGUGGUGACGUCCAUGGCCAAUUCCACGACUUAAUGGAACUCUUCAAAAUAGGUGGCCCAUGCCCUGACACAAACUAUCUUUUUAUGGGUGAUUACGUCGAUAGAGGCUACUACUCCGUCGAAACCGUCAGCUUCCUAGUCGCCAUGAAAGUCAGAUACCCCAACAGAAUCACUAUACUAAGAGGCAACCACGAAUCAAGACAAAUAACACAGGUCUACGGCUUCUACGAUGAAUGCUUACGAAAAUAUGGCUCCGCUGACGUCUGGAAACUCUUCACUGACCUCUUUGACUACUUUCCCAUCACUGCUCUUGUGGAUAACAGGAUAUUCUGUCUCCAUGGCGGUCUCUCCCCAAUGCUAGAAACAAUCGAUCAGGUCAAAUCUCUACAAAGAGUCCAAGAAGUUCCCCAUGAAGGCCCUAUGUGCGACCUCUUGUGGUCCGAUCCUGACGACAGAAGUGGUUGGGGCAUAAGUCCAAGAGGUGCUGGUUUUACCUUUGGUCAAGACAUUUCUGAACAGUUCAACCACACAAACAACCUCUCUCUCAUUGCAAGAGCUCACCAAUUGGUCAUGGAAGGUUACUCUUGGUCCCAUUCAGAAUCGGUAGUAACCAUCUUUUCGGCUCCCAACUAUUGCUAUAGAUGUGGUAACCAAGCUGCCAUUAUGGAAGUCGAUGAACAGCAUAAUAGACAAUUCCUACAAUACGAUCCAUCCGUAAGACCUGGUGAACCAACCGUUACAAGAAAGACCCCAGAUUACUUUUUGUAA